AUGGGUGAUUCUCUCUUUGAUAUUUUCGGGGAUCAUAUUACUAGACAGGUUGUGAAGAAUGUAUCCAGACAGCCGAUCUCCAAUAUUGAAAAUAUGGGAAAGACCGUAUCAUCUGGCCCCAUAAAGCCUAACGAGCCUUUGAAAAAGGGCGAUACAAAGAAAUCUUUCCUUUCCAAUGCUGGAAAGGCCCUUCAAAGUACUCCGAUGAAGAAAGUCUUCACACCAAUUAAUGUUGGACCGCUCAUAUACAGCGACGAAAUAGCUAACGACAGUAAAGAAUUUAAUUUCGAAGAAUUGGAAUUUACUAAACCUGCAUACAGAUUAGAUAAUUAUCACAGAGAUAUAUUUGACUUCCCGACCAUACCGACUAGUCAGAGACAUGAGAUUACUCCUCCCAAUACUCCGCCACCACUCAUAAGGAAAUAUAGCAUGGAGUUUGACUGUUCUUACCAAGAUGAAUUCUUUUCAGAUGACUUUUCCAACGAAAGCAUCCCGGAUUAUGACUUGGGACUUCCAGAAAUAUUUUAG